AUUGAUUUUGCACCGGGUCACCGAUUUCUCGGCUUUCUCCGAUCGAAAGACUCUCGCACCGAAGAUUCUUCUAUCCACGGAAUAUUUUCCCGCUUGCCGAAUGAAAAAUGGACCGACAGGAAUGCAAUAUACGACGGAUGGGGAGACGUGUCUCGCGUCCCGAGUUAUUUACCUCAUAGUCGAUAUUUUCCAUUUCUCCGCGAGGAGUUAAACCAAAUCUUUUCAACACACCGGCCAAUGGAUUGCGUUGGCGAGGAUGUUCUUGCAAAGGCAGACUUAUUUUUCCCGAUUGGUCAAAUCCUAUCCGAUUCUGAAGCUCGUCGAUGUAUACGACCGUCAGUCGUUCAUACGGGCUUACGUGUUGGACAACGUGUAUAUCUGCGUGCUGAUGCAUAUACUUUUCUACGUGGCUCUGUGGUACGCCACCACGGUGAUUAAGAAAAUGGAAAAGUCGAACAAGGAGAUGUUAAAGAUCAUGGAGCAGAAUAGAACGAAAUUGGACGACAUAGGGGCGUUGAAGGAUAAGAAAACAGAGUACGACAAGGUCGUGGUUAAAGUGAAAGAAACGCAAAAAUUAACAUCGAACGAGUUGGAAGACGAAAUGCGAAAAUUGAGCUCGGAGUUGAUCAACGCCGCGGACAAGCUGUCGGAGUUGGAGAAGAUCGUGGAGAAAUUAAUUUUCAGUACAAGUCCAGCGGGAAAUCGUGCGAGAGUUCUGCGGGCGACGUCGCUGACCGAGAAAACGAGCACGCGGGCAAAAGUCUUACGGGCUCGCUCGAGAAUCUCAAGAUACUCGAACCGUCAUUUCCACCGCCCAUGCCUCCGGAACCUCCGCCCAGGAAAUAUGGGAUCUUUGUCACUCGACCUCCUGGCCAACGUCGUCCAACUCCCGCAGUUGCAACUGCGUCUACACCACCAAAAAUCGGAUUCAAGUAACUAUGCUUCUGUCGAGGCUUCCUCGGAAUCAGCAAUUUAUCAACAAACGGAAAAAUUGAUCUGGAGUGGUGGAGAUCGCCGACACAAUGAAAGAAGAAGAAAACGAUACGACAAAUUUUGGAACAAUGCCACUUCGUCACGAUUGAAUGUAAAGAAAUUGAACAGUGAAACUCUGAAAAACGUGACACCCCUUACUAAAUCUUUGUUGGGCCUCGUCACUAUUUUCACGAAGGAGAAAUUUUAAAUUUUUGUCCAGAUUUGUCAACUUUGUGUCAAAUUCGUAUUUGAAACUGUGUGUCCAUUUUUGUAUUAUUUUGUGCAAUAUAAACAAAAAAAAAUAAAUUUUUACCAAUUUGCGCAAUUA